UGACAGUAGAUCCAAUUAUUGCUCUGCAGUGUGGUCAGAGUAAUGGCUUCUAUUUUUAUGCUUAAAUCCAUAAUCGGGCAGCUUUGAUUGCCAACAUAAACAAAAAAGCUUUUCCUGCAAAAUCCAAAAUUAUGGAGUGUUUCAAAGAAACCGCUAAUGAUUGGUUUCUUUCCCAAUGAUCACUUUUCUGAAAAAAAUGUGCACAAAACAAAAUAUAACCUUUGAUUUUCAUUAAUAAUCAUUCCAAUUCUGUGUUGCUUGUUAAUGAAAUGUAAUUCAUAUGUUUAGGGAAAAAUCACUUAUUCUCUGUCAUACUUCAUCAGAAAUUUAUCUAUAUUGUUGAACGAUAUCAAUCAUGGUGAAUCAGUAUAUCAUGCUGUUUGCACUGGAGAGUUACUUCUUGCUGUGAUAUCCAUGUGGAUACUUGGUAGGCUUGUAUAUUUCUUUUGCACGGUUGGAUCAAGUUAUAACCUUUAGAUUGCAUUUUGUUUAGAUUUUCCCCUGGCAUGACUAAUGCAGCUCGCCAUCUAAUAAGUCUAGGGUUUAUAUUUCACUAAUGUAAUUAUUUGUGCUGCACUUUCAUCAAACUUUGAUCCAUACAAUAUAAUUAAUUUAAUCGAAUCAAGAAGUUUUGACUCAUAUCUUGUUAGCAAUAGAAGUAUCCUAGUGUGAGGUGGUAAUUAGUUGUCAUUUUCAUUUUAUGGCCUUAGAAAUUGUUCCGCAAAAUAUAAGAAGUUUUGACAGAUCGCUGGGUAUUGCCAAUUUCUCCCAUCCUAAAAAUUCAAUUACUAGAUCCCAAGAGAAGUAUGAUCCUUUUUAUCCCUAAAAUUAUGAAAUAAUGGAACUAUAACCAUUUCUCUCUUCAAAUUUCUCCAUUACAACAAUAUAUGUGUUUUUCAGGAACUUCCCACCCCAAUAGAUUUUCAAUAUUCAGGCAUGCAUACAUACUUGGGCCCUUCCUAGCCAAAGAAAAAAAAAGUAUAUCUGGAUUCAUCCCUAUGUUGGUAAAUGAAGUGGACUGCACGUCCGUAGGACGUGUCAGUUGGUGUCACGUCGUGUCACAGUAUCUGUAAACAUAAAAAGAUACCUAUAUAUUUAUCCAUCAAGGUAAAGGAGGGGGGAACUCGUCACCUCAGAGCGAAGGGGAGAGAGAGAGAUGGGAAGUGGUUGGACCUUGGCAUUGAUUGGUGUUGCAGCUGCGCUCGGAACGAUGUUCCAUGGCGUGGAAGGAUGGAAGGACUAUGAUGGGAGUAAGGUGAUACAUGUAGGAGGCAAAGUGAUGUGCCAGGAUUGUACAAAGGGCUGGAAUCAAUGGGUCCACGGUGCCAACCCAAUCAAAGGUUCCAGGGUGGCCGUGACGUGCAUGGAUGCCCGCCGGCGGGUGGUAUACUAUGCAAGCGACAACACCGACGAGCACGGUGAGUUCGACCUGCUGGUGACCAAAUACAUCUACGGUAAGGAGCUCCCGCCGGAGGGCUGCACCGUGAGGCUCGUCUCCUCGCCUGACCACACCUGCAAUAUAAAUAUAAUGACCAACUUCGGCGGUGGCCAGACCGGCGUGAAGCUCCGCCGCCCCUCCCACGUCUAUCCCAACCUGGUCAAGUACACGGUCGGGCCCUUCUACUUCACGUCGUCCAUCUGCAACGAACCUCGCCAGGGACGUGGCUACUGAUGCUCCAAUGUCUUGGUUUGGCCUAAUAUAUUUGUUGUCUUAAUAAGGAUUAAGAGGUUUUUGUGUUGCUCUUUUCUUUUUUUUCGUUUAUUUUUAACUAUGGGUGUUACAAAAAAGAUUCCUGAGAUUCCAACAAAAAAGAGGAACGAUUAGAUUUGUUAGCAAGAGAAUAAUGAUGGUGAAGAUGAGUCUUAUUUUUACCUUCAAGAUAA